CUAUAGCUAGCUGUUGCCGAGAGACGAUACGCUGCCUGUGUUUACCGUUUUGUUCUGCUACAGCCUACGCAACGGAGUGGUAAUAUAUCCCUAGAAUGGUAUAGACUGACACGAAAACGUCCACCAUGGAUUUGGAAACGAUUGAAGAGAUAGACGAUGCUGCCCUUUCUGAGUUUGGUAAGGAGACAGAAGAGAGGGAAGAACUUGAAAAAGAGUCUGAAGACCUGAAGACAGAAGUGCCAGAUGACGUUGAUGAGAAAACGGAUGGAGAUUCCUUGGAGAAAAGAGAGGAUGAGAACGCAAACGAAAUUACUUUUACUUCUGGUGAAGAAACUCGUCCGGUGAAUACAGUUGUGGAUUCAGAUAUGCAGACAUGUGCUCUCGAUGAAGCACAUGAAGUUAUUCAAGAAAUCCCAAAUGAGGAAAAUGUUGCCCCUGCACGGUUGGAUGUAAGUUCAUUGGUAUACAGGGAUACUCAUGGCAAGUUUUGUUUGGAUCUAUCAGAAGAGGACAUCAGCGCGAUACCCUCAGACACCUUUGAGCUAGAUUUCUUAAAUUACUUUGCAGUGACAUGUUUACCGCUGUAUGAGAUCCCAUCUGGUCUCAGUUACCUUCAGCAGCUUGAUGCCUUGAUACUGCGAGAGUGUUCUUUAGCAGAGUUCCCAAAGAGUAUCUGUGCAUUGCCACUCCUGGAAAAUUUAGACUUGAGCGGAAAUGAAAUCAUGGAGAUUCCCACGGAAAUAAGAAUGCUAUCCUCAUUGCGACAGAUUGAUCUAUCAGACAAUCAACUUACUGUCUUACCCGAUGAAUUCUGCCACCUGCGUGAACUCAUCUGCGUCUUUCUCUCCCAAAACAAACUGACCAGCCUGCCCACCAACAUCUCAAAUCUUCGCAACAUCCAGGUCUUUGAGAUGAACAAUAACAUGUUGAAAUGGUUACCAAAACAAGUCUGUCUCUUGGAUCAACUUGUGAAGCUCAGUCUUUGUGGGAACUACCUUCAAACAUUGCCAGCGGACAUCGAGUACCUCUUUAACCUCCAGGAGUUGCAUCUUGAACAGAACAGCUUCUUCUACCUCCCCAUCCAAAUAUACUGGCUUCCGGAACUGGAGGAACUGUACCUGAGUCAGAAUCAUAUCCAGGAGAUAUCUCCAGAGAUUCAGAAGCUCACUAAGCUUAAGGUCUUAGAUCUGAGUAACAAUGAGCUUAGUAUGGUCCCGCAAGAGAUAUGUCUUCUCCUAAACUUAGUAUUUCUUGGUCUCAGCUCCAACAGGCUAACAUCUCUCCCAGACAACAUGAAUAGACUUUACAAGUUGGUGGAAUUCUUAGUAGGAAAUAACGAGCUGACAGAAAUUCCUGAUGACAUCUCCCUCCUGUCCGAGCUUCAAGUCCUUGAUCUUUCCAAUAACCAUAUACCGGAUCUACCUGUUGAGAUUGCAAGCCUAAAGCAGGUAUAUGUACUAUCGCUGCAAGGAAACCAGAUAUCCAAGUUCCCUCCUGGUGCCUGCCUUCUUAGCCAAUGUCAAGAGUUGACAUUUGACAGGAACUUACUUAGUAGACUACCCAGUGAGGUCAAGCACAUGAAAUCAUUACAGAGUGUUACAAUCACCAAUAAUAGACUUGAGCAGUUUCCUAAGGAGUUGUGUGAAGUAAGGACGCUUCAAUUCUUGAAUCUGAGUCAGAACCGCAUUAGUUCCAUACCAGCCUCUGUGCGCCGUCUCCAGAAUCUUGAGAAGUUGAUCCUCGACCACAACACCUUUCCAGCGAUUACUCCGGAAAUGUGCACACUCAAGAACUUGGUAUCCCUCAGCAUGUCGGACAACCAGAUAAAAGAGAUCUGUGAGGAGGUCAGUAUGUACCAACGGUUAGAGGCCCUAGACCUUUCCAACAACAAGUUCCCAGUAUUUCCUCCAGAGAUCUGGACCAUCCCACGGCUCAGGAUCCUACACUUCAUCCAGGAAAAGGGUGUCAAGGCUUCAUUCCUGCAGCCUGCCAUCUACAACUGCUCCGAACUCGAGGAGAUCUACAUCCAGAACAACUGCCUGACCAUGAUCCCAAACACCAUCAGAGCCCUAUCCAAGCUCCGAGUAUUCUGUGCUUCCGACAACUGCCUCAUGGACAUACCGGAUGUCUUUUGUGAGCUGAAGAACCUGGAGGUCCUGAAGCUUGAAAGGAAUGAGAUCAAGUCUCUGCCAAUAAACUUUGAGAUGUUGACCAAGCUACAGGUAUUGCGACUUGAUGCCAACCCAUUGGCACACCCUCCAAGUGAGGUGUGUGAAGGAGGAGCCAUGGACCCAAUCACGAGCUUUAUCAGGAGAGCAGAUGAAAGAGAGGAGGCCUUGCUUCACAAAAUGUUCACGUGCGUCGCGGCAAACCUGAGAGAGCGGGAGGCCCACGACCUGAUGCGUGUCUUUCACUUCCCGAAGGAUGUCAUGACCCUGAUAGAGAAACAGCAUCGAGGAUCCCCUCCGGAUGCCCUGACCAUGUCUGUCGUGAAACGGUGGCGGGAGGAGAAGGGACGUGCUGCGUCUCCCGAUGAGCUGAUACGCUAUGUCAGGUUGAUAGACAUGCCGGUGGUGUCUCACAAACUGAAGACAAUGCGUGUGGACUCCCAGGUUCAUAGGCUAUGAGUUCAUCAGAGUUGUUAUACGGGACUUUGUCAAGGUCGUCGUGAAUCAGUAAAGAAUCAAACAGUGUUGCACAAGCCUGAGCAAUCGAUCAUAGCAUCAAUUUUUGUGAUUGAAUGCACUAAAUGAUAAUUGUGAUUAAUCAUAGAAACCAUCCCCAUGAUCAGUUGUCAGGGCGUGUAUCGUGGGACCAUAAUCUUAUGAUCGUGGAAAUUUAGAACAUUGGCCUGUUUUGUAAGGAUUUGAUGAUUGAUCGAACUCGAUUACAAAGAUAGAAAGCCGAUGAUGUCAUGUUCUGUUCUUGAGAUUGGUUGAAUUGGUGCCAUUUAUGGAGAGCAAUAUGGUCGGAUAGGUAGCUUCUAUGUGAUGCAUUUUGGCAUGGCUUGCUCUCGAUUGUUGGGAUUGAUAUGAAUUUAUUGCAAGUCUUUAUGAGGCUUGGUCAGUGCUUCACAUUUUAUUGCAUGGCCAAGAGCUCUGAAGGAGGUAAUCAUUCACAUCUGCCAGAUCAAAAAAAAUAGCCAUCAAUAAUGAAAACUUGUUCAGUCUAUAAAUUACCUCGUAAUUGAUUUUACUCAUUCAGAUUCGCCUGAACAAAAUAGUGCCCUCAGCAUUAAGUAUUGCAUCCCUUUCGCAAACAAUGCAUAUUUUUCUUGUGUAAUUUGACUUUCAAAAUUUGGAAAAGUACCUUCUAAUGUGCGUGUGUUAGAUUUUGGAGAUGAAGAACAAUUCCACAUUAAAACAAAAUGGUUGGCGGCGUAGUCACAGCAUUUUUUGAAGGUGGGGUUAAUUUGCACCCCAUUCCCCCCCC